AUGCUCAGCGCACAAGAGAGCAUCCUCGUGACUGCAGCUACUGCUUUAAUCACGGGUUGUACAUUAUUAGUAGCUAGAAGCGUCUUUGGCUUUCGAACUCUACGAUACGGCCGCAUUGUUGCUGGUAAUUCCGAAUUGAAUGAAUUCGUGGCGCGUGCUCUACAGCCCAUGUUGGACCAAUACACUCCAACGUGGUGGACAAACUCGCAUAUUCAAUGUUUUCUGACCUUUUUGGUGCCUCAAUCCCGUGUAAAGUACCAGAGAGAUAUACUUACUCUGAAAGAUGGAGGUCAAGCAUCUUUGGACUGGGCUUUGGAGUCAUCUGUGGCCAUGGAAUCACCAUUGAAACUAGACUCACCCAUUGCAAUUAUCAUGCACGGACUUGUGGGUUGCAGUGAGAAUAUGCGCUCUCUAUGUGCCGAAGCGUUGGCGCACGGAUAUCGUCCCGUCGUGUUCAAUAAACGAGGUCAUGGCGGGAUGAAACUAUCUACACCCAAGUUGCAACAGUUUGGCUGUGUACAGGACUUGCAAGAGGCCAUUGCUCAUGUGGAAAGAGCUUUUCCUGACAGUGAAUUGUUUGGCAUUGGUUGCUCGGCUGGAGCGGGUUUGUUGUGCAGUUACUUGUGCGAACUUGGUGACAAGUCGCGCCUUCGUGCCGGUGUGUUAAUCUCGCCGGGUUAUAACGCCUUUGACCUGUUUUGCGGUGGCAAGAUCAACCCUGUCUACGAUUUUCUUAUGACUUUCACGCUCAAAUCCUUUCUGUGGCGUCAUAAAAGUGAACUGAGCGGCGUUGUUGACGUGGCGAGCGCGCUGCGGGCUACCAGUAUUCGGGCAUUCGACCAACACGUGUAUAUGAAGAUGCACGGAUAUGGUGACUUGGAGUCGUACUGGAAGGUGAACAACCCUAUGCGAGACGUGGACAAUCUCAACACGCCACUACUCUGCAUUAAUGCACUGGACGACCCUGUAUGCACCAAAGAGACGAUUGCAUACGAGGUGUUUGAUACGAAGCCAAACGCCAUGCUGUUAGCUACGGGGGAGGGCAGUCAUUGCGCUUUCUUCGAGGGCAACUUUCAGCUCAAGUCGUGGUGUGAUACAGUUGCCAUGGUGUAUCUAGACCGUCUCCGCGAGUUUGAGAAAACAUCGGGGACAAGCGCGCACGCUAUCACUGCAGUUACUACAACUUAG